GACACUUUGUACCUUGUCUUUGCAAAAUCAGAACUGCUGUUUAGCCAUUUUGGCGAAGCGAAACGGUGCUGUUGAAACGGGGCUCUGGUUUUCAUCUCGGGACAGUCAAUACUUUGGUUCUUAUAGAGGCUAGAGCAUUAAAGUGCGCCAAGACAGCAAGAUGCAACCCGCUGCGAUGAAUCAACAAGUGCAGAUGCAGAUGCCUACCCCGGCGCCCUCCCAGCGCAGUAGGUACUCCUGUGCAGUCAAGUCGCUCGGAAUUUUGCAAAUCAUCAUUGCAGGAAUCUCGGCCGUGUUGGGCAUCGCCACAGGCGUUGUCUGGCUCACUAUUGCCGUUAUAGCAUCCGGCGUGUGGGGAGGUCUUUUGUUUUACCUUCCGGCUGGAAUCCUUGGUGUGUUGUCCGUUACCAUGGCUGUUAGUUCUCGGAGAUGCUUGGCCAUCGCAAGCCUGGUCAUGUCCAUCCUUUCUGCAGUAAUGGCUUUCAGCAAUAUUGCAGUGUAUGGUUGGGCCAUUGCAACCGAUAUAUACCUCAGCAAGGAAUAUCAUAACGGCCACUAUGAUUAUAGAGAUCCGUCUGCGCCGCUGGCGUUGGAUUCCCUCCUGGUGAUUGCUUCCGUGCUUGAACUCGUCGUGUCAAUCACUGCCGCUGUGUACUGCUGCUUCGUCAUGAGUGAAUAUCAACUGAACAACACCACCACGGUCCAGUACGUCUCCACUCAAGCCACCCCACAGGUGAUGGUGUACAACCAGCCAGCCGCCGUACCCUACACACCUGCAGGCGCCCCUGGCAUGUUCGUGACUAACCAGGCCCCAGUUCAACAGCAGGCCUUCGGGGCCAGCGCUGCUGGUGCACAAGAUAUGGAAAAGGAUACCAUGAACUUUACUUGAGUCUGCAUUCAGAAAACAGCCGUCGUGCAUAGCUUGUGCGACUUCGGGCAAAAUCAGUUUAAAGAUCAAUAAAUCCUUAGAUUCUUAAUACAGAUUGUACUGUUUAAAUUUCUUUGUUCAAAAUUCACUUGCUAAACUUCUAAUUUAAGUUAAUAAUCCUUUAUUAGGUUUGUUUUGUUAUUUUCUAAAAUCCAUUUUAGUAUAUCAUUUUUGCGUUGUUGUUACUUUCCAUGUUUACGUAAUUGAAAAUUCAUAUGCAAAUAUGAACUGCCAAAUUUGUUAGGCUUCAAUGAUUAAGAAAUAAGUAUGAGAUCAAAUAUUAAAAAAAGUGCAUCAUAACUAUGCAAUUAGACCUCUAACCUUGAUAAAUAUAAUUCACGCUUAUGUAUAUAUUUGCUUCGAUUAAGACAACGCAUUGCCUUUUAAAGUAAUUUUGUGAGUAUUUUUCGCUGUUUGUUUUCUGAAAGUUAGUGUUUUUUCUAAGUUGACUAGGCCUCCUUGUGUCAUACAUAGUACGGAGCCCUUCGCAAAAAAUCCUCGAGAUCCGACAUUAUAUAGCUGGGUUAGAGUUGUGAAGAGCACAAAUCCUGGCUUAAUAUAUAUAUAUAUAUUAACAAUAUAAUGUUUAGUACUCCACUCUAUCUGUUUUUUCGCUAAUAAUAUUACUCUACUGUACCUAGAGUGACUGUCAUCAGUCUUGUAUCUGUGGUUUUUUUCCCCAGUAAUACUAUAUCAUUACUCUAAUCUACCUUGAGUAACCACCAUCAGUCUUGUAUCUUUUUUCAGUUAUACUCAUAUUAGUACUCGACUCUUCCUCAAGUGACUGCCAUCAAUUUUUACCAGUAAUAAUUAUUACUCUACUCUACCCAGAGUGACCGCCAUCAGUCUUGUGUCUGGGUUAUUUCCAGUAAUAAUAUAUUAUUACUCUACUGUCUCUACCUAGAGUGACCGCCAUCAGUCUUGUAUCUGGUUUUAUACCAGAAAUGAUAUAUUAUUACCUACUCAUCCUAGAGUGACCGCCAUCAGUCUUUUAUCUGUUAUUUUUGUCAUUAAUAUAUAUUAAUACUCUACUCUAUCUAUAGAUUGACCGCUAUCAUUCUUGAAUCUGGGUUUUUUUCAGUGUUAUUACUCUACUGUACUUCAAGUGACUGCCAUACAUCAGUCUUGCAUCUACUUUUGGUAAUAAUAUGUUAAUCGCCAUAUGCAGCAGUAAAACAUGCAUUUAAUAAAAAUGCUACGAAGUUGGAAAUUAUGGGCCGAUGUGUCUAAAGAAUUUCAUUUAUUUGGUAAUUUAAUUCUUACAUAAUCAUUGAAAACAAUAAUUUAAAGCUGUUUUCGGACACAAUAGUUUAAGAUGUUGAGCAAUGAUCCUUAUGUUGGUAUUAAGGCUCAGAUAGUUUAAAAUAGUUUGGCGCAAUUCAACCAGAAAGUCAUUGAAUUGCCUCUUUUAAUUGUA